CAACUUCACAUCAACACACUCAGUUCACCUCAUUUUCUCUCCACUUUUAAAUUUGGUUUCUUCUUCCUUAAGAUUUCUGAAAAUGGGUUCCAAAAAACCAUAUUUUGUUGCGGUUUUGACACAGAUUCUUCUAGCUGGGAUGAGUCUUCUUUCAAAGGCGGCGUUUGCUUCUGGGAUGAACAGCUUUGUGUUUGUGUUCUAUAGGCAAGCUGCUGGUGCUGUUUUUUACCUCCCUCUCAUCAUGUUUUUGAAAAGAAAAGAGCCCCGCCCGCUUUCUCUCAGGAAUUUCUUCAAGAUUUUUGCCAUUUCCUUAAUUGGGAUGACGAUUGGAUUCAAUGCAUACGGUGUGGCGGUUGAUUAUACAUCAGCAAAUUUGGGAGCUGCUGCGUUUAAUUGUCUCCCAGUGACAACGUUUCUGUUUGCAGUUUUAUUAAGGAUGGAGAAAGUGAGGUUGAGAACAGUGGCUGGAAUGGCAAAAGCUUUUGGAAUAUUAGUUUGCAUUGGGGGAGUGAUCACACUUGCAUUCUACAAAGGUCCUUAUUUGAAGCCACUCAUCAAUCAUCAUCUUUUUCAAUUUCACAAAUCCCAAACCCACAAACCUCAUAUCUCUUCCACAAAAACAUGGAUCAUUGGCUGUUUUCUUCUCUUCCUCUCCAGCAUUUCUUGGGGUUUGUGGUUCGUUCUUCAGGCACAUUUUCUGAAGACAUACCCAUCACCACUGGAGUUCAUAAGCUACCAGACAAUACUAAGCACAGCACAGUCAUUUGUGAUAGCCAUUGCCAUGGAAAGAAACCCUUCUGAGUGGAAGUUGGGUUGGAACAUUAGGCUUCUAGCUGUUCUUUACUGCGGAAUUCUUGUCACCGUUGUUUCAAAUUUCUUGCAAUGUUGGGUUAUCAAAGAAAAAGGUCCCGUUUUUCAAGCCAUGACCACCCCUUUGAAUGUCAUUGCUACCAUCAUUGGCUCUGAAUUGCUAUUGGGCGAAGGCAUCAAUUUGGGAAGCCUUAUUGGUGCCAUGUUGCUAGUGGUGAGCCUUUAUAGCGUGUUAUGGGGCAAAAGCAAAGAGCUCAACGUUAUUGAUAUAGAUAGCAAUCGACCGAGAGAGGUGCCAGAAAUGAUGUCACCUCCUCAGCCAUAGAUAGCAAAGAUCUAGUUUUGAUCAUUAUAAUAUAUCAAAGCCUAUGAGAAUUGGCCAUGAAUUUGUUGAAUAUUUUGUAACACAUUGCUUUGAUAAAGUAAAGGAUCAAGCUCAA